CUCUCACAUCAUUUUACAGAUGAAUAGUUAACCAUUCAGAUUGAAUUUAGUUUUAAGUAUGUCGGUCUAUCGCCCCGGAAACAAUCUCUCUCUCUCUCUCUCUCUCUCUCUCCAUAUAUAUUUAUAGGUUCCAUUCUGUAUUAUUCAUAUUUAGAUUAAUAGACUGUCAUAAAUAUAUAUUAUUUCUUUCUAUCGUUUAUUUCUAUUUCUUCCCUGUUGUUGUCACAUCUAAAUGUAAACCCAACUAUAACUAUUCGUGGUGUGUAUAAAUAAACAUACACACAUAUGGAUAAAGCUUAACGAUUUCAUCCCUUGUAACAUUCUAUAAACUCAGGUAAUAUUAAUGUAUAUUCUGUUGAUUAUGGUUUGCAAGUAGUAUAGAUCUAUGUAUGGAUGUAUGUAUGGAUGUAUGUAUGUAUGUAUGUGGGUAUGUGGGCAAGUACUUAUUUAGAAGGAUUUGUUAUCUGUGAAACAAUCCUUAGAAUUUAUUUAUUUAUUUUUUGUUGUUUUGGAAGUUCAAAUGUAACAGACAUAUUAUCAAUGUAUAAGACAACAGACAUAGAUACAAAUAGAUAUUCUCCCCCCUCCCUUGUUUUUUUUUUUUUGGUUUUAGUCACCAUUACCAUCACCAACAUCAUCUGCAUCAUUUUCAAUUUUAAUAAUAAUAAUAAUAACUUAUACAAUCAUUAUAUGAUAACAGUAUCCUGAUGAUCAUUGAUAUCCAAUAGAGAUCAUUAUUCUUAUUCAUCUAAAUCAUAUAUGAUCAUGAUUUAGGAUUUAACUACACUGACCAUGAAUAAUGAUGAUAAUGAUGAUGAUGAUUAUUCAUUCAUUUAUUCAUUAAAACAUUCGAUAUUGAAUUUAUUGAAUCUCAAUUUCACAUGGAUACUUUUUCUUUUUGUUUAUGGAAUUUAAAAAAAAAUUUUUUUUCCACUACUACUAGUACCACCAACAUCACCAUCACCAUCACCCACCCUACCCCACCCCCAAUGAAUUCUUCAAAUCAUUAUUAUAUUCUAUCAUCUUUCUCUUUAAAACAUGAUUCAAUGUUCAAUCUUGUCAAAUAAACACACAAACACACACACACAUACAAUUGAAGUAAUCUAAUCCUUAUGUAAACUUGCAUGUAUAUACACCAUAGUAACAAGAAUGACUUAUGAAAAAACUCAUUUAAAAUUCAAUUCAAAUAUAUCUUAUUAUAAUCAUAAUUAUAAUAAUAAACAAUUUGAUUUACCAUCAUUACUUGCUACUGGAAAAUUUUAUAUUGAUGAAUAUGGUUUUUUAGUUACAUCAAAUGGUACACGUUAUCGUAUACCAUCUGGUCCACCAGAAGGACGUAAACCAUUCCUAUUUAAUCAAUUACCAAUAAUCAAUAAUUAUGAUAAUAAAUCAAUAAUUCAUUUAAAUUAUCCAAUCAAUUUAAUCAAUAAAUCAUAUGGUAAUAUUCAUAUAGAAUUACAAGAUACAAAUAAAUUAAUUAAUCAAUCUGAUAAUGAUUAUGAAUAUAAUCCGAAGAGUAUUAUGCAAUCACCACCAGCACCACCAGCACCACCACCACCACCAUCACCAUCAUUAUUAUUACCUUAUAUUAAAUCCAAUCUAUCAAUGACACAAUUGACUAAUACUACUACAUCUAUGAAUGUAAUUCAUUCAAAUCAUCAUCCUCAUCACCAUAGUGAUACAUUACAUACCAUUGAUUGGAAUGUUAUUUUAUUUACUUUAAUUAUUAGUUCUAUUUCAUUAGUAUGUAAUAUAAUUUUGAUUGUUUUCUUAUCUUAUCGAUUACAUCAUCAUCGUCAUCAUUAUCAGAAUUGGUUACAUCAUUCUCAUCAUAAUGAAAAUAAACAUUUAACUAAUACUGUAACUACUGAUACUACUAAUAAUACUACUAACUAUGAAUAUAAAGAUAUAUUAUGUAAUCAUCUAUUUAAAAAUCAAUCAAUACCAUGUCAGUGUAUGACUGAUUUAAGCAUAGUUACUAAUUGUCCAUGUGUACAUAAACAAAUGAAAAGAAACCAUAAUACUACUACUACUAAUAGUAGUAAUACUAUUGAUAAUACUACUUAUAAUGAUGAUAAUAUGAGUAAUAUAAUAAAUUAUAAUGUUAAACAUUUAUCCUAUCCAUAUUGUAAUACAAAUUAUAAUUGUAAUUUACAUUCAUCUAUAUUACAUAAUUAUAAAAAAAGAAGAAAAAAAAGAAAAACAUCAUCUAUGAAACAAUCAAAUCAAUAUCUUGAACAUAAUCAUUUAUAUUCAUGUCAUAAUCUUUAUCAAUCAUUACCAUAUAAAAAUCAUUUGUUACUAUGCACUACAAAUCAACAAUCAGAUAUUGAUUCAAUCAGUAAUAAUCAUCAUUGGAAAAUAAUUUCUAAUGAUGAUAGGAUUAGUGAUUGUAGUCAUGAAGAAGUCCAUGGCAACAACAACAACAAGAAACACCACCUUCAUCAUCACCAUCACCACCACCAUAACAACAAUAUCAACAAUUAUUUAUCUAAUUCAAAUAUCCUAUAUACACCAACAAGAUAUUCGAAACAACAACAUAAAUGUGUACAUCUUCAAACGAAUAUAAAUCAAAAACAUAUAACCCAACAACCAUUAUCUAUAAUUCAUUCCUAUAAUACUUUAUUAAAUCAAUCUCCUAGACUAAAUGAUUGUGUUAAUUAUCCAAUUACUAAAGAAGAAGAAGAAGAACAACAACAACAACAACGACAACGACAACAACUCGAAGGAGCAGAACAAGAAGAAGAUUACCAAGAAGAAGAAGAAGAAGGUGAAGAAAAAGAACAGCAAGAAGAACAAGAAGAAGAACAAGAAGAUCACUUGAUAUCUAAUCCAAAAUGUAUCCUAUUGAGAAAUUCCAUAUUUAUUUAUCAUCAAUAUAUUUAUAUAUGUUAUACUAUAGCAAUACAUUUAGGUAUCCUUGGUAUGAUAUUAUCAUCAUUACAAUUAUUAGUAAUAUGUAUUGGAUUAAUACAAAAAACAACAUUACAUAAUACAUAUUAUAUAACAUAUAAUCAUGAAUUGAUAUGCCUUUUAUCGAAUUCAUUAGCUACAGAUACUAUAUUAUGUGUUAGAUUAUACCUAGUAACUAUAUUUAUAUUAUGUUCAUUCAUUGUAUUGUAUAUCCAAAUAAUAAUGAAAAUGGUUAUAACCAUGAUAGAUUUUACAAACUUUCAAUUACCGAAAUUUUCUUUAUAUAAACGAUUUCUAUUCACUACUACUACUACUACUACUACUACUCAUAAUCAUACUACUGAUAAUCAUACUACUUAUAAACAUAAUAGUAAUCAUAUUUAUUUUCAACAAAAUUUUGCAUAUAUCGCUUUAUUACAUUCUAUUCCAUGGGCAUUAGCUGCUGGGACAUCAUUAUUCAUUGCAUUUUUAUUUCAAACACAUAUCAUAAAUAAUAAUUCAAUACAAAUCAAUAAAUCAAUAACUAAUCAUAGUCAAUUACCAUUGAUUGAAUCCAUUAAAAAAUCUAAUAAUGUCAAUAUAUUAUUUAAUGGAUUAAAUUCAUUAUUAACAUGUUCUAUGAUGAAAAGAACACCAUUAUUAUCGACAUUGUCGUCGUCAUCGUCACUGUCGACAUCAUCGUCAUCGUCGAUAUCGUUGACAACAUCAACUAUUAAUAAUUAUGAUGGAAUAACAAGUACUACUACUACGACGACGACGACAUGGAUAUCAUCAUUUCUUUUAAUUAUUAUCCCAUUAUUAAUACAAAUGAUUAUUAUUAUAUUAUUUAUUGUAUUAUUAUAUCUAAUGCUAUAUUAUAUUAAUCAUAGAAAUUGCAUAAUAAAUCAAUUAAAAUUUCCUAAUCGAUCAAUAAUAUUGAUUAUGAUGAUACUACUGAUAGAAUUCAUUAGCCUAUGUAUACCCAUUAUAUCGAAUUAUAUUAUGACUUAUUAUUAUUAUUAUUAUUAUUUAAUCAAUGAAAAACAUUUAUUAUUUAUUACCCGUAUAAUUAUAUUACAUUUUUGUAUUGAUCCAAUUUUAUUCAUUUAUAUUAUACAAAAAUGCCUUAGUAACAAACAAAUUCUGAAGCUUAGUAACAAAUUCAAUUUAAUCAAUAUGAAAUCAAUCAAUCAGAAUAAGAAGAAUAAUCAAUUAAUCGAUUAUAAUUCAUUAGAAUAUAUGAAUAAUAAUAAUAAUAAUAAUGAUAAUGAAAUGAAACAAUUAACAUCACCUAUACAUUUAUUUAAUUGUUUACCAAUUCAUCAUACAAAUACUACUACUAAUACUACUACUACUACUACUACUACUACUUAUACUACUAUUAAUGAUACUACUUAUAAUAGUAAUGAUAUUCCAUCUGUUGUUAUGCCAUAUUUAACUGAUUCAGGAUAUUUUGUAUCAACAAUCAAUAAUAAUAAUAAUAAUAAUAAUAAUAAUCAAUCAUUGAUUACAUCAUCAAUCAUCAAUAAUGAGAAAAUCAAUAUGAAUAAUUAUAUCUUACCAAUAACAACUGAUAAUAUUGAAGUAACUAUGCCUAAUAUAUAUCUUACUACUACUACUACUAAUAAUAAUAGUAGUAUGAUUACUAGUAGUAAUAGUAAUAAUAUACAUAUAAAAGAUUCAUCAUUAUUAACCCCAGUAACAGAAAUGAUAGAUUCGAAUACAUUAAUUUAUAAAAAUAUGUAUGAUGCUUAUCCAAAAUUAUGUCAACAUCAUCAACGUUUAUUAGCGGAACAAUAUAAACAACCAAUAAUAAUGGAUAGUAUAAAACGUAAUCGUUAUUUUACAAAUGUACCACGUUUAAAUCAAAGCAUAGCAACAACAAAUUUUAAUGAAUUAUAUAUUAAUAAGCCAAUUACUGAAUGUUCUAAUAAUGAUAUUACUACUACUACUACUACUACUAAUACUACUAAUAGUAAUACAAUACCUCAUAUAAUGAAUGAUAUAGUCAAUUCAAAACAGCAUAGAAUAAUCACCGGGCAAAGUACAGCAACAGCAGCUGUGAUGGCAGCAGCAGCCGCUGCUGUAGCAGCACAAGCAACAACAUUAACUAAACCAAUACAUUCAUUUAAUACAUCUAUGUUAUUAGAUACAAUACAAAUGACAACAAAUCCAUUAUUAUUUAUAAAUGAACAAAAAACAAUAGAACAAAUAAUACCAAAUGAUAAUAAUAAUAAUAAUAAUAAUAAUAAUAAUAAUAAUGAACUAUUAAUAGAAUUAAAGAAAAGUGUAUCAUAG